AUGGCUACGAUUGCUGUUGCUGGAGGUACUGAUGGUUUGGGCUUAACCAUUGUCGAAGCAUUGGCCGUCCAUGGCGGACACGACGUGGUAAUUCUGAGUCGAAAGAGUGGCGCUGAGCUCGAAAGGAAACUACCUUUCCGCCUCAUAGCCGUAGACUACAGUGACGACAAUAGCCUCGUGGAUAUCCUGGAGUUGAAUAAUAUCGGCACGGUGAUCACCACAAUCAAUGUGCUGGGCAAUUCCUUGCCAGAACGCAACCUUGUCCGCGCCGCGGAAAAGUCUUCGAAGACAACGCGACUUAUUCCGAGUACUAUCUCGCCAAGUCAGUCUGGUUCUCGCCGAUCCGCGGUCUAUGCGGACACCUCACUUCUUGCCAAGACCAAAUUCGAGGUCAUUGAGGAACUUCGCAAGACGUCGUUGAUGUAUACGUCUAUUAUCUGCGGCUGGUUCGUGGAUUAUUAUGGGACACCGCUCCUCCAAUCCCACGCCCACCGCUACCCUAUUUUUAUCGAUAUAGCAAACAAACAGGCCGCAAUUCUUGGAUCAGGGAAUGAGCUUGUUGCAUUCACCCGGCUCAUCGACAUCGCCCGGUAUGUGGUUCGGGCACUAGAUCUUUCCAGCUGGCCAAAAGAGAGUUACAUUAUCGGUGAUCGAGUCAUUUUGCGCAAGUUUGUCGAACUCGCUGAAGCAGCGAGAGGUUCCAAAUUUCAAGUCACUUAUGAUUCGAGGGAGGACUUGGAAGCAGGGUGGCUCACAGACCUUCCUUGCUACUCUGCUCUCUACAACGCAUUUGGUAAGGAAGCGGCGAGUGCAUUACUCGAGGAGAUUGGGGGGUGGAUAGCCGCAGGGGAGCUGGACGUUAAACCUCCGUUUUCGCUGAACGAGGCAUUUCCGGAUAUCAAGCCUAUGACUGUUAAGGAAUAUUUGGAUCUUUCAUGGAGGGUGUAA